GUGAUCCUUUUGUUUGUUUAGUGUUUGUUGCCUUUUGGGUGUGUCCUUGUGGCGGCCAUCUUGGAGCCUGCCGGGGAGGAGGCCCAUGUUUGCCGGACUUUGAUUGGCUGGGCAGUUGAUUGAGAGGGUGGGGACAACAGUAUAUAAGAGGGAGAAAGCUCGAAGAUGUCAUGUUUUGUCUUGUCUGUGAGCCGUGCUGUGCUUAAGGAGACCGAAUAAACCACCUUUGUUUGUGCUGCAACCAACUUUGAGGAGUUUUUUUUUCUUCCACACCACACCUCUCAGUGUAACAGUGGUGUCAGGAGUGGGAUGGUUUACGCCUGUGAAUGAAGGAAGACGACAGGCUAAAUGAGAGGAGGAGGACGUGGAAGAACUCGUGGGACAAAGAAAAGCCCCCUUUCUGAAAUGGAAGAAGGACAAAGCGGAGGACCAGCAGAGCCGGAUUCACUACCUGAAGGAGCCAUGGCUAGUGAAGACAUUUUUGAACCAGUUGUGCGGCCUAAGCAGACCACAGUUGGUGCUGUGAGUAAAGAACAUUCUGAAGCUGACAUCUUUGAUGAAAUAAGAGAAUUUAUGCGACGUUCUAAACGAACAGAAGCAAUACUGUUUGAUCAGAUCAAACAGUUGCGCAGUACCAUGCCAAAACUGCGAAGUGAUGUUUAUGCUGAACAUGAGCUGUCUAUCGAGACUGGCAUUUCUACAGAAGCAGCUUUCCCAAAGCGAGAGACUAGGACACUGUCUCAGCUGUCUGCAACAGAGGAAGUCCAAGGAGCCUCUGAUUACCAAGCUGAACCUCAUUCUCCAUCUCAGCCCCAGCGGCAUAUAGCACAAGGAGCUCCAGCACAAAGAGUGGAACCAACCCGUGGAGGUGAUCCGAGAAUACCUGACUUUAAGGAAGGUGAGGAUCCUGAAAGUUUUUUCAUACGUUUUGAACGCAUUGCUAAAACGUGGGGAUGGCAACCAGCUGAAUGGGCUGCUAGAGUGGUCACAUUAUUGACUGGAAAAGCCCUUGAGGCAUAUGCUGGAAUGGAUGAGGACCAGUCUGACUCUUAUGACGCUAUUAAAGCUGCUGUGUUGACUAAGUUUAAUGUAACAGAAGAGACCUACAGAUACCGGUUUCGAAGCAUCAGUGUUCCAGUGGGAGAGAGUGUACGUGAAACCUACGGUCGGAUAAAGGGACUCUACAAGCGAUGGAUGCGGCCUGACAGUCGGAGUAAAGAAGAGAUUGGGGAAACAAUCAUUUUGGAGCAGUAUCUUCGUGUGCUUCAACCAGACGUCCGCACAUGGGUGAAGGAGAACAAUCCAAAGACUGGAGAAGAAGCGGCAGACCUGGCUGAACGUUACCUGGCUGCUCAUAGAGAACCUUUUAAGUCAAGAGAGACUGAGAGACCAAGGUCUAUGGAGGUAAAACCCCCAGGUGCAACUAAUGUUGACAAUUUGGACAAGAGGGGUGAGAAGUACCACAAGCCUCAACUGGUUUUUCUCCUUUUGAGUUACUUUAUGGGAGACAGAUUAGAGGCCCUUUGGACAUGCUGAAGGAGAACUGGAUGGCUGGAGUGGCGUCAGGGUCCAGUGAAGCAGCUUCACCAACAAACAUCAUCUCCUACAUACUUCAGAUGAGAGACAACCUGGAAAAGUACAGAGAACAAGUUAAAGAUCAUAUGGAGAAGGCUCAACAUAAGCAAAAGGUAUGGUACGACAGACGUGCCCGUGAAAGAGAGCUGAAGACUGGCCAGAAAGUCUUAGUACUCUUGCCCAGUGGGCCAA